UGUGAACUUCAGGUGAACUUUGGGUGAAAUCGCCCAUCCUCCAGGCAACUUUCCACCCUGGACUCUCACCGUCUUCCAUCCCCCAACGACGGCCAGCAUGUCGAGCGUCAAGCGUCGGUCCGCUCGACAGCGUGCCGAGCGCAAACGCUCCAUCUACCACGAACCCGAUUCCGACGACUUUGAUGAAGGGGACGGUGACAGUGAGCACGAGUACCAACCAGAAGCAGAGGCUGCUGCAGGCCCCUCUCAGCCACAGCGCUCGAGAAAGCGACGCAAGACCUCCCGCCGGGCGAAACCCGAGACUCGCGCCGCCACAAAGCGGAAAGAUCGGUUCAAACCGCGGCCGCUGGGGUGGAUGAAGAAGAGGAGGGGAAAUGGAGGCUCGGCGGCAGGCGACAAGAGCAAAGAGGAUGUUGGACGGAAGUUCACCGGGCCUAGUGAUGGAAAGAUCCCGGAUUGGACAGGCUUGCCUGCUGAAGUGCUGCGCAACAUCUUCAUCUUCGCAUCGCAGCCUAUGCAGGAACAAACUACGACGGCGAAGGCCAACGCUACGUGGCUCAUACGAGCUGCGCGGACAUGUCGAGCCUUUGCAGUACCAGCACUAGAGGCUUACUACGAGUCGCCUCUCCUCCACACGAGUCUGCAGCCGCACAACCUGCUAGAUCUGGUCAAGGCGCCACAGGACUCGCUCUACAUGAGCUACAAGUACCGAAUCAAGAGCGUGAUCCUCGACAUCACACGCCUCGUAUACGUUGCACACAACAAAAGGCCAUUCCAGAUAUCUGGUCUACUGGAAGAGCUUCCGCGCUUGCAACACUUGGAAAUUGUACAUCCGAUCGAUAGUCCACCGUACCGACUUCAGUAUAAGUGCCAGCGCUGGGAGUACCCGGUCGAGUUUGUUCAAUCGUUGGACGCGGCAGGCUCAAGACUCAGAAGUUUCCGCUGGACAAGAGACAUGGUUCCCAUCCAAAUGACAAAUGAUCUCUCGAACAUGUACAGCUGGAUGACUCAGGUUCAUCUGAGCAAGUCUUUCGAAUACCUGGAGCGUCUCGUGGUUUGUGGGUUCGAUUUCAAAAACAGCGCCUCGGAACCCCCGGACGAUGCUUCUGCCAGACCGCACGCAUUAGCAACGACAAUUUCGACACUGCAACACUUGAAAGAUCUGACGCUCAUCUCAUGCGACAUCGUCAUGGAAGAUUUUCUGGAGCAUAUUCCAAACAAUCUCCAGCGACUGGAGUUGAGUAAUUGCCUCGAGGUUACGAGCGAGCUACUACUCAACUACCUCGCCACGGGUGGCUCGCAGCUUCGCGAGCUCGUCCUCAAUCAUAAUGCAGCCCUGAGUCUUGCCUUUCUCCAACAGCUCAGAGCGCUGUGCCCUCGGCUGGAGGUCCUCAAGAUGGAUCUGACCUAUUACAGCGAGCGCAUCACUUUCAACGACGCCAUUGCGUUCUACGAUCACCUUCUGACCGACGAUCAGGUCCCCACUUGGCCAUCCACACUACGCCAUCUCGAGCUCAUUCACCUCCAGAAAUGGGAGGCAGAGGCCGCUCAAAACUUGUUCCGCUCCUUGGUGGAGGGCGCGAAAGAUCUGCCGGACCUGCGACAUCCGGUUAUACAUGCGCACAUCAAUAUUCCCUGGCGCGACCGUGCGGGCUUCCGGGACCAGUGGAUCGAACGCUUGCACAGAGUCUAUCUCCGCAAGAAAGAAGAGCCCAACCCCAAUCUCGGAUCACUGAGACAAUUUAGGUUGUGGAGAGACGCGGUGCACCGUGAUCGAGAAGCAGAGAGAGUAGAAGUCACCCCCGGCUCCGCGAGCCGCAGAUUCUCUCACGUCAGAGUCACACCUCGCAAAGUACCAGCAGACGCAGCUGCAUAUUCAGACGUCGAGUCGCCCGCACCCACCUCAGCCCGCAGAGGACCCCGCCGCAGCGUCCGAGUCGCAGAAAGCCAGUCCGCAUCCACCGCAGCGGAGGAGUCAUCCUCGUCGUCCGAGGACGAGUCCGAUGGAGACUGGCGCAAGCAGCCAGAAAGCUUCAUCCAAGGCCUAUGCGAUAAGGUCGAGAUUAGCAUUGACAAUCAGCGGCCGCGGGAGAAUCAGUACACCGAGGCGAAUUUCCUUGACAGCGAGCCCAGUGGCGACGAAGACUGGCGUGAGGGCGCGGACGUCAGUGAUGAUGAGCGGUAUGCCUGGUGACUACCUGCGCAUCGGGGGAUCAAAUUGAAACGAUCUUGGCUGAAUCGGCGGUAGAAGAGGAGUGUGUCGGAUCGAGAGAUUGCUAGGGUCGUGAAUGGUCUCCUGAUGCGAAUUGAUGAUCUCCAGGAAGGAUGGGAGUUUGUGAAGUUGCCGAUUCAUUGACGAUGGGCGGACAUGUGCGAUAUUGAUCCAUGAAUUAUGUACUUUGACGAACACCUACCAACCCCUAAAUUACUGUUGUCGUUCGAGUGUGAAGCCCAGCGCUUCAACGAUUGGU